AUGCAGGAGAGCUUCCUGCUCUGGGCCGGCGACGUGGGCCGCUUCGAGCCCUCUCAGGUGGCAAGGCUGCUGGGACUUCAGAAGUUCCCGGCCUUGGUGGUGCUUCAGCCGGUGACCAACGGCUUUCAGAACUUUCUGGGCAUCGAGUGGCCUUUGGGCACCUUCUGCCAGCCCAUGCACCGCUGCGUGCCGGAGGACGCAGCUUUGGACUCGGACAUGGUCGUUGCGACUAUCACCAUGACUGCGAUGGACUUCCGGGAAGAGGUGCAGAACCUGGAGGAGCAGCAGACGCUGCGGGACCUGCAGCUGGCGGAAGACCGGCGGCUCCGCGAGCAGCAGGACCGCGAGUACGAGGAGGGCCUUCUGGCAGACCAGCUGGCUGCCAUCCGUUCCCAGGAGAGUAGCCCUUCGGCGGAAGCAGAAGCAGCCAAAGCCAAGGCUGAGGCAGAAGCUGCCGCCAAAGCGGAGGCGGAAGCGGCUGCCAAGGCGGAGGCAGCGGCGGCGGCGAAAGCGGCGAAGGCGGAAGCUGAGGAGGAAGCCAAGCGCCAGAGCAGGGCUGAGGAGAUUCUGGCUCAACCAGAACCGCAGGCGGCGGCCAAUGCCACAGCCAGGAUUCGUGUGCAGCUGCCUUCCGGGGAGCGAUUGCAGCGGACCUUCCAAGCGGACCAGACUCUGGCGCAGGUCUACGAGUGGGCGCACUGCUGUCGGCCUGUCGCCCAGCCGAAGAGGUUCGAGCUUUGCAUCAGCUUCCCAGCGCGGAGCCUGCAGGAUCGGUCCGCAACGCUGAAGGAUCUGGAACUAGUGCCCUCUGCAGCACUCGUGCUGAAGGAGGUGGAAUGA